AUGGCUACUCAGCUGGCCGUGCGGGCUCUUCAUUACAGCUGUACACUGGCAGCAACUCUCUUCAUUGUGAGUUCUUGCCUGUGGAAGCGAAGCCCGACAAAGAAAAAGAAGAAAGGUCGAAGAAAGGGUCGCUCCAACGGUCAGCAUCGAGUUCAGGUCGUUCUGACGACACUCAUCGUUCUCACAUAUGUCAGCCAAAUCGUAUUGAACCUCGCCACUCAUGACCUGGACCGAUCCCAGCCGUUGCUGGUGCAUAUGACCUCUCUGGCGGUCGUAUGGUCUGCGGUGUCGCUCCGGCAACAACAUACCUCCAAGUAUGAAGUGGCUGGCACCUCUUCGGUCACCGCUGCUUUCGAGAUUCCACUCCUUGCGCUCUCCCUGUAUCACAAACCAAGGCAGUGGGAGCCAAUCGCACAGGUUACCAUCUCGUCGGUUCGGCUUUCGCUGCUCCUGGUCGUGGUGAUCGCGAUCCUAUUGGAAAUCCGACUGCGGGAGAAAAAGAAGACUUCCGAAGAAUCUCGUCCCUUUCUCAACGGAAACCACACGACUUAUGGGACAACCAAUGGGCACAACUCAGAUAACAGUGUAAGUUCCGAAAGCGAGAGCGAGUCGGAUGCAGACCCAAAGAACGGGAGAGCUGCGCGGGUCAAAAAGCUCCGCGAUGAACAGCUGCAGACCUAUGGAGGCUGGUGGGAUUAUCUGAAAGGCUUUUCAAUCUUUCUGCCCUACCUGGUCCCUAGAAAUAAUCGACCAGUCCAGCUGUGUGUUGUCGUCAGCGUUGCCUGCCUAGCAUGUCACCGAGUGUUGAAUAUUGUGAUUCCCCAACAACUAGCCGACGUGACCGACAGCAUCUUUGCGAAUGAAGCCCCGUAUGCCUCAUUGGGGAAAUGGGCCUUGCUGCAGCUCGUUCGUGGUGGAGCUGGGCUGGGGUUGAUUGAAACAAUUGUCAAGAUUCCGAUACGACAAUUCUCUUACCGCCAGAUCACCAAUGCUGCCUUUAGCCAUGUCAUGAAUCUAUCGAUGGACUUCCAUAUUGACAAUGAUUCGGCGGAGGUCAUGAAGUCCAUCGACCAGGGCGCAGCCUUGAACAACCUGUUGGAAAUGGCCAUUCUAGAUAUUGCCCCGACAGUAGCCGAUCUGUUCAUUGCGUGUUUCGUCUUCUACUUGAAAUUCAACGCCUACGCAUCGUUGCUGGUGGUAGUUGCUGCUAUCACUUACGUCUCAGCCGAAGUCUUCACUUCGAACUGGAACAUGGAACAUCGACGGGAAGUCACCCAGACGCAGCGGGACGAAACUCGCAUCAUGCAUCAAGCUGUACAGGGCUGGCAAACCGUCACCUACUUCAAUCAAUUCUUUUACGAGCGGACUCGAUUCGGAGAAGCAGUGGACCUUUGUCUCAGGGCGAGCGCACGCUUUGGUCGCCGCCGCGCAGUCGGAAAGGCACUCCUGGACCUCAUCAAGCCAUUCUCAUUUGUAUGCCUGGCCUCGUUGAUUGUGCACGAAAUCUCCGUGGGGCGUGCCACGACGGGAGACUUUGUCUUUUUUAUUCAAUAUUGGACUUCACUGAUCUCGCCUCUGGCAUAUCUCUCUGCGCAGUACCGCUGGCUUGUUUCGGACCUGGUUGACGCUGAGCGUCUACUCUUUCUGUUCCAAUCUAAGCCCAGUGUCACAGACAAGGAAAAUGCUCUUGAUUUAAAGCGGGGAGAUGGCCGUGUGGCUUUCCGUAACGUUGAUUUUGCCUAUGAUACGAGACUAAAUACUCUCACAAACGUCAAUAUCUCCGUUGAGCCAGGAACCACGGUGGCUUUGGUAGGAAUGACCGGUUCAGGAAAGACAACGAUUCUCCGACUUCUCCUGCGCCUUUACGAUGUUACUGCUGGCCAAAUCGAAAUUGACGGUCAAGACAUCCGAGAUGUCACACUAAGCUCGCUGCGUCAAACCAUCGGUGUUGUCCCGCAAGAUCCCGUCCUUUUCAAUGCAUCUAUUAUCGAAAAUCUCCGGUACGCCCGGCCCUCGGCCUCCGACGAAGAAAUCUAUGAUGCGUGUCGCGCUGCGGCCAUCCAUGAGAAGAUCCUCACUUUCCCAUCUGGGUAUGACACAAAAGUAGGAGAGCAGGGUGUGAAGCUGUCUGGGGGCGAAUUACAAAGAAUAGCCAUCGCUCGGGUAUUCCUCAAGCAAUCUCCGAUUCUUUUGCUAGAUGAAGCAACAAGUGCUGUGGAUUCGCAUACGGAGACGGAAAUUCAAAUCGCGUUGGAUCGACUGAGAGCCAAGCGCACUACAUUUGUCAUUGCGCACAGGCUGUCUACGAUUGUUGGCUCGGAUCGUAUUCUUGUUUUGCACGAUGGUCGGGUUGUAGAGAGUGGGUCACAUAGUGAGCUGCUGGAGAAGGAUGGUGGUCGAUAUCAAAAUCUUUGGCAAAAUCAGUUUGGAGGCGACAAGAUCAGGAAGCCCGCCUUGUAG